UGAUAAGAUGUGGUGAAAUCCGAAAAGUGUUCAAUUCUACUCCACGUGCAGUUUUUCAGUCAAUAGUUCUUCGUUUUAGUUUCUAUUUACCUGGUUUUAAUACGCAAACAAAUUGCUUUUGAGGUUAUCAUAAGUUUUGAACCGAGUUUUAUUCAAAAAAUUUUACAAAUUCCUGCAAAAUGGCUGAAAACGAUGCGACGAAUGGACACACGGAAGCUGCGACAGACCUGGAAAAGAAGAUUAUCAAGCAAAUUGAAUAUUAUUUUGGUGACAAGAAUCUUCCUAGGGACAGAUUUCUAAGACAGAAAGCAGAUGAAGAUGAUGGAUGGGUCACCUUAGAGUGCCUGGGAACUUUUAACAGACUCAAGGCCUUAUCAGAAGAUGCAGAUGUCAUUGCUAAAGCUUUAAGAAAGUCAGAUUCUGGACUAAUUGAGGUCAGUGAAGACAACAAAAAAGUUAGAAGAGUGACUACGAAGCCUCUGCCAAAGGACUCUAUGGAAGCAAGACAGGAGGCUAAAAGCAGAACUAUUUAUUGUAAAGGAUUUCCAAAAGAUACAAGCCUUGAUCAACUGGAGGAAUUCUUUGCUGAUAAAGGAAAGGUGACUACCAUCAUCAUGAGAAAAGACGUGGAACGUAUAUUCAAAGGAUCUGUGUUUGUAGAAUUUGCAUCAGUGGAUGAAGCAAAAGCCGUUGUGGACCGGGAGUCUCUAAAGUACAAGGAAGAAGAGCUCAUUAAAAUGACAAAGGAUGAAUAUUUCAAGAACAAGGGAAAAGAAAAAGCACAGCAUAAAGAAGAGGCAAAUAAAGAGAAGAAAAAAGAGAAAGAAUCAAAAGAAGGAAAAGACAAGGAAGCAGAAAAAGAGGAACCUUUCAAGUACGAUCAUGGAUGCGUGCUUCAUUUCAAAAAUGUAGGAGAACAGACAUCUCGUGAGGAUAUCAGGAGUCUGUUUGGUGAGAAGGAAGAAGUCGCCUGGGUUGAUUUCAAUAGAGGAGAUAAUGAGGGUUUCGUUCGCUUUUCCACUGAAGGAGGAGCCCAGCGCGCUGUGGAUGCUUUGAAGGAAGCUAACGACGGUAAAGUACUCAUCAGAGAAGUCGAAUCAACUCUCCGGGUCCUAGAGGGUGAUGAGGAAAAUGAUUAUUGGGUUAAAUCCAAACAACAACAAGACAAAGGAAGACAAAAGAAAGGGAAGUAUUUCAAGGGUGAACAAGGGGGUAGAUGGGGUCGCGGAGGAGGUCGAAAACGACGAAACAUCGACAGACCACAGACGAAAAAACAAAGCGAGGGAAACGAGGACGAAACGAAAGCAACACACACGCGAUUUGAUGAUGAAGAACCCACUGCAAAGAAAGUGAAGGCGGAGGACGAUUCGUGAUGCGAUACACCACGUGUACAUAAUAGCCUGCGAUUUUAGUUACUCUAGCUUUAAUUUUUACAUUAUAUUAACUUGAUUUUUCUUUUUUUUUACAAUACUUCUCCUAUUUCAAAUCCUAUUCUGUCGAGUCUGUGUGUUUCGUCGUGGAAGAUCACGGGAGAAGUAAAUAAUGUAGCUAUUUAUAAAAUUUAAGUUUCAGUUUGGAACUGAUUGCAAAGUUCAAUAAAAUGUAGAGUGAGAAAGAGAGACGUAAAAAUCCGUCCAAAA